CACCCUUUCAGUGAGUUUAGCUAUACUUUAUAGCUGUUAAGGCAUCUAUAGCGUAUACACUCUGAGGGUUAUUAGAGGAGAAGAAGCAAUCAGAAAUGCUGCCCUCAGCCACAGAUCAGGUGGCCGUCAACGUGACCUCUCGUCCGGGCUCUUGGGCUGGUAAUGGCUCAACCUUCCUGGACUCUGAGUUUCGUUAUGUCCUCUUCCCAAUUGCCUAUAGCAUCAUCUUCAUCGUGGGCCUCCUCGCUAACAUCUACGUGCUGUUUGUCCUGCGCUCCCUCCGCGGAGCCAAGGCCAUGGGUGAAAUCCGCAUCUACAUGACAAACUUGACCAUCGCCGAUAUCCUUUUUGUGAGUGCCCUUCCCUUCUGGAUCGGCUAUUACAGUCGGCACGGUCACUGGGUCUACACGGACUUCAUGUGCCGGCUGACUGGCUCGUUCUUCUUCAUCAACACUUACUGCUCCAUCCUCUUCCUCGGGGCCAUCAGCAUCAACCGAUACUGGGCAGUCACCUGUCCUUUGGAUGUGGCCACUUCAGACCACAGAUGCCGGGGGAUCAUCGUGUGCGUUGUCUUCUGGGUUUUGACCAUAGCGAUGACUAUUCCAUUUCUGGCAGAGACUGGGAUCAACACUGAUGAGAACAACGUCACUCGCUGUUUCGAGGGGUACCAAAAUCAAACCGAUAAGGUGAAGAAAUCUAUUGCUGCCACUCAUUUUGCAAUAAUUGGAGGGUUUUUUCUGGUCUUUUUUCUGGUCGUGGUGUGUAAUUUCCUUAUUGCUAUAGCAUUGCUUGACCAAAAUCCUCCUCAGUCAGAGUUCCGUUCUGCAACGAUCCUAUCCAGCAAGUCCCAAAGGACCAUGUCCUCCUCAACUAGAAAGCCCAAGGGGGUGAAACGGAGAGCUGUGCAGAUGUUGUUAGCAGUGGUGGGAGUGUUUGUUCUGUCUUUCCUGCCUCACCAUGUAAUUCAAGGCUUCUGGACACUGGCGGUGUUGCAGAUCACAGAGGGCUGGGGCCACGUAGAGUGGGACCAGAAGACCCUUCAGGCCCUCAACGACGCACAUCAGAUCACUUUGCUUCUUAUGGGCCUCAACUGCAUUUUGGAUCCUGUGGUUUAUUAUUUCGCCACAAGGAAGUUCAGAGGGUUCAUCUUGUCCCACAUUAAAAAGUUAGUGAAGGGAGAAGCCUGCUCACAUACGCUCACCUCACAGAUCUCCAUAGACAGCAGGAAUCAGAGCCAGAGACACCAUAGUGAGCACCAGCUGCCCGAAAUUAAUUGAUUGUAACAGAUUUCAUAUUUGAACAAAACUGUAGAUAUUUGUUACUUGUGUGUGAAAGACUUUUGAUGUUGACCCUGUUUCAAGAUUACAUGACAUGUUCUUGCCCCUCCAAAACUAUAAGCAGUGUUAUGUAGGUUAGUGACACCCUCAGAAUUGAAUGUGGUUUAACACACCUUUCGUGACAUUUUAUCUCUGCACGCUAUAGCUAGUUGCUGUGGUCUGAAUGCACCAGUCUUCCUGCCCUUCCUGUGUGAAGUAAAAGCAGAAGUUUUGCAAGCAGAAGUACAAAAGCAAAUCGAUUAUGGCUCUGAAAAUUCUGCAAGAGGACACUUCAGUAUGUGAAAUGGACUGAUAAAGCAGCAGACACUUUAUUUAAAUUCUCCCCCAGGUGUGAUUCUGCACAAAAUGCGGCACUAAAACAGUAGAGAAGUCAAUGAUAAUAGCCAUUUUUACAGAGCCUAGUCAUCUAUUUUUGUGUCUUCUGAGUGGAACUUCUCACGAGAUUACACACACAGUUUAGUAGGCGUAGUUGUAUCGCAUGACAUUUUAUCAGUAAAAUCAGACUAAUACAAGUUUUUCUGGCUUUACCUUGAUAAGUUGUAUGUGGUAUUGUGUAACAAUGGAAAAGAAGUGACAAUGCUUUCCCCACUGACAUCCAGUAUUGUGUCAUUGUGUAAAAGUCACAUGGUAAAAAUCGCACGAUUCACUGUGACAACACUUAUUAUUAUUCACCAAUCUACUGUAGAUGUUUUAUACUGUAUUCUUACUGUGAGUUGACCUGCUCUUGCAAAAUUGAUUCAUGACGGAUUUUGUAUUUAUGUCAAAAGGAAAUGGUUUUACUCCAUAGUCAACUUUUGUGAUUAGAAUUUUAUUUGUGUUUCCUUUGCUGUGUUGAUUGAAGUAAAAUAAAAUGACAGUUUCUUACAUUUCAACAAGCUGUGAGACAACUCAGUCUGUGUACACAUAAAAAAACAAAGUACAUGCUUUUUGAGACACAGAGAACUUUAGCAAAUUACAGGUUUUAUAAAAAUUGUACAAGCACAGAAAAGGAAUGGCCUCUUGCUGUUUUGUGGGAACAUUUUAACCAUUUUUAUCACAUUCACAUUGUAUUAAAUAACUUCUGUCAAAUCAGACUAUUGUAAAUAAAAACCUAUAUGGCCAACCUCAUUAUUCAGGUUAAAGGUAAUGCUGAGCUCGCAGAUAUUCUACUGCUAAACAAAAUACCCUUUUUCGUCUUUUUAUUGCAUAUCUCCACCUUCACAUGAACGUUCAUCAUAGACUUGAGUACACAUUGUCCGUAGUCACAUUGGUGGGGUCCAGAUCUGUGUAGGCUUGGCGGUUGUUUGUGUAAUUUAUGUACACAUCUCCGUCACUUUCAGUGUGUGGCAAACCUCCCCUGGUAAGUACAAAAGGUCAGCCUUAAACAGCAAGUGAACCAAAUGCAAACACGAGUAUAAAC